GCACUUGAAGAGACACAGAAAAGGGGGACAGACGCUCAGAGACUUAAGCACACACACAGAGAGCUCCAAGUGAGGCCAUGAGAGAAGACGUUGAGAUUUUAAGUUUUUUUAAUGGACAGCAUUUCGCAAAAUCCUAUAAAACAAACGAAUGAAUUUGCUCAAAACUUUUACAAGAAUGGAUAUAGCUAAGUGAGAGUCACCUGAAGCACCUGCAUUUAUUAAGAUGUCUGACUUUUUACUUCGGAUCAGUGUGACAUUUUCAACAAACUCGGAGUGUUUUGAAGCUAUUCGCCAUUGACUCUGUGAACCCAAGGUAGGCUAAUUCACUUAGGAAAAUGCCUCGUCCUGGAAGAAACACAUACAGCGACCAGAAGCCGCCGUAUUCGUAUAUUUCGCUAACCGCAAUGGCCAUUCAGAGUUGCCCGGAGAAGAUGCUCCCUCUCAGCGAAAUUUACAAGUUCAUCAUGGACAGGUUUCCUUAUUAUCGAGAUAACACGCAGCGCUGGCAGAACUCCCUGCGCCACAACCUUUCCUUCAACGACUGCUUCAUUAAGAUCCCGCGAAGACCGGACCAGCCGGGGAAAGGCAGCUUCUGGGCUCUCCAUCCCAGCUGCGGUGACAUGUUCGAAAACGGGAGCUUCUUGAGGCGCCGCAAGAGAUUCAAAGUGAUGAUCACCUCCGAGCACCUGCAAAAACCGUCCGACGCGGCGCAUUACCUCCAGCAACAAGCCAAACUCAGAAUGACAACUUUAGGGACGCAUCUACCUCAGAUGACCAGCUACAACUUAAGUGUUUCACAACCCUCCACUUUCAAACACCCCUUUGCCAUUGAAAAUAUAAUUGCCAGAGAUUACAAAAUGCCAGGAAGUCUUGCUUUCUCUACCAUGCAGUCCAUGUCAACGGGUUACCAAAUACACAAUCAGUUGACCACGGCUUGGCCCCAUAUGUAUAGCAGUAAUGUGAUAGACGCUGAGUAUACUGCCUAUGGAGUACCAUUCAAAUCCCUGAGUCAUGGCGGGCAAAGUUUACCGGCGAUCCCAGUGCCAAUCAAACCCACCCCGGCUCCGGUUCCGUCCAUCUCGACGCUGCAGGCGCGCCUUCCAGCCUUCCUCUCCGGCUCUCCACAGUCCCUGAGCCCGACGUCUCCCGGACAGAGCAGCCCUGCCACACCGAGCACGACCUCGCUGCUCCAUUCGGCCGCCGUGCACUGUCAAGAGGUCACUUAAAACUUUAAGUGGGACUUGAAACUUUACUUUCUCAUUCACCCGACAAAAAGGCAAGCGAGGAAAACUCACAAAACAUAGGCUAUAUCUCUGAAAUAAAAAGAAAGUUGACUUGUUUAAAUUUUCUCGCAAUAUAGUGAAAUUAAACAUUCUGUUAAGUUGAAUUAUUAUAGCUAAAUAUUUCAAUGACAUAUGUCAUUAGGCUACCUCAUUAUUGAAGUUUAAGAAUCUUAUUGGAAAAUGCACAAUGGACAAUGAAAAUGUCAAAACAGAGCGUAAAGAGUUUAGGAAUUACAAUAUUCUCCAACUUAAUUUUGGGCUGCUUACCCAUUAAAGCUCAUCGACACCUGCAAGUAAAGGAACUGAAAAGGGAUUAAGCACAGAUGCUGCAGCUUUUCCGUUUGGCAGUGUAGAAAAAUAACAAUGGAAACACUCUUACAAUGCACUUUUGAUGUGACGUUACAAAUAUCGCAAGAGAUUGUUCCGUGAACAAUGCUCAGUCUAAUUUAUCAGCUUCGUUGAAAAUAGUGAAAGCUGUUGUAUAUAAGUUUUCUGUAUAAUGUUGACAUGCUCUUAUACUAUAGCAUGCUGCUUUUCACGUAUAUACACCUGAAAUAAAUUAUAAACUUUGUCAUCAAACCUUAA